AUGAUGACGUGGAUGUCGUAUGUCUUAAUUGCUGUCGUUGGAUUUUUUAGCCAAGAAACCCUCACAUUACGAAUGAUCAGCGUGAGAAUCCCAUCGUACAAAAUGCGUGGCGAAAAUGCGAUUCUCGAAUGUGACUACCAACUAAAUGGAUACAACAAUCAACGGCAUGGCGAUGGCAGCAGCAGCGGUUUCCACAGAAAAACAACAGGAAGUCCAUUUUUAUCAUCGCUCUACAAUAGCAACUACAACAACAACAAUAACGAUAAUAACAAUGAGUACGAAGACAGUGUGGAAGAGGAGGAUACGAGUGAUAGGAAUAGCAAUAAUAGAAAUUAUCUGCAACAGCAGAGCAGCGACAACAAAAGAUUUUUCAAUCAUCAGCAACGGCAGCAGCAGCAGCAGCAUGAACGCAGCCGAACAAAAUACAAAAGAUAUAGUAAUAAUUAUUUUCCGAAUGGCGAUUAUCGUGCAACGGACGAUGAGCAGGAAACAAGUAGCAGCAGUAAUAGCAAUAGUUGGUUAAAUAGUGCAAGUUAUAGUAAUAAUAAUAGUCCUAAUAAGUAUUCAGCGCAACCGAAAGAAGCCUUGUACUCGGUUAAGUGGUAUCGGGAUAAUGAGGAGUUCUAUCGAUAUGUGCCGAAUAACAAUCCGCCGCAGAAUAGUUAUCCGCUGGAUGGUAUCUCUGUGGAUCACAAACACUCGAACGAUCGCAGAGUGGUGUUGCGGAAACUAACACUCAAGUCACGUGGCCUUUAUCGAUGCGAAGUGCUUGCGGAAGCGCCAAAUUUUGAAACAGUUUCCGGCGAGAAUAUGCUCGAAGUUGUUUAUCUUCCAACUCGCGGUCCAACUAUCGAGGGCGGCGAGAAAAACUACGACAUGGGCGACCUGCUGAACCUGACAUGCAAAUCCGGCAAAUCAUAUCCCGCCUCAAAGCUACAUUGGAUGAUCAACAAUGUAACGGUAACGGAUCCCCGUAUUGUCAAAAAUUAUCGUGAAAUUCAUCACACACAUGACCUGAUAACAACCGAGCUAAGCUUGCAAUUCGUAAUAAACGGGCGAUAUUUCACGGAAGGUGCAAUGCGGGUGAAAUGUGUUGCAACGAUAUCGCCCGUUUUGUGGCGUGGCAACAAGGAAAAGUUUGUUCAACGGAAGCCGCCACCAUUGGACAACAGGGAGGCAAUGUUUCUCGUUCGUGGCUCCGCUACCUGCAUCCAACAUCAAUUGGGCAAACUUAAUUUUCAUAUGUGGUUUUCCAUUAUAAUGCUGUUAUGGCAUCGGAUAAUUUAAUUAUAAAGUGAGAGACGGAGAGAGAGAUCGACCAACUGCUGCCAUGCUGCUGGACUUUGGAGGAUAUUUUUUUUUUGGUGCAAUGUUACUGAAUAAUAAAACGAUGUUAAUUGAGUUCUCUCUCUCUGCUCUAUUCGUCGUUGUCGUAUUAUUAUUUUUACAACUAGGUUAUCUCGUUUUUUUUUCGUUUUCUGGUGUAAAUGUAAAUGCUGUAAGUACAUUGUGAUAGAAAAACGGACAUUUUGGGUUUUAGUUUUGCUGCGUAACGAAUUGUACAGUUUAAUGUGUAAUAAAACAAUCAUCUAUAAAUAUUUACAUAUCUAGAAAAAUAUCAUUUAAUUUUUGUAUUUGUACAUAUCAGUGAGACGCGUA